ACUGGCUAUGGCCGUCCGGCUCCUGCGCGUCGCCUCCGCAGCCCUGGGCGACACGGCAGUUCGGUGGCAGCCCCUCGUCGGACCCCGCGCGGGAAACCGGGGGCCGGGCGGGAGCAUCUGGCUGGGUCUGGGUGGCCGUGCGGCCGCAGCGCGGACGCUGAGCUUGUCGGCGCGCGCGUGGAGCAGCUCAGAAGACAAAAUAACAGUCCACUUUAUAAACCGUGAUGGUAAGACGUUAACAACCCAAGGAAAAGUUGGCGACUCUCUACUAGAUGUUGUGAUUGAAAAUAAUCUAGAUAUUGAUGGUUUUGGUGCAUGUGAGGGGACCUUGGCUUGCUCUACCUGUCACCUUAUCUUUGAAGACCACAUAUUUGAGAAAUUAGAAGCAAUCACCGAUGAGGAGAAUGACAUGCUGGAUCUGGCAUAUGGACUAACAGAUAGAUCACGGCUGGGCUGCCAAAUCUGUUUGACAAAGGCUAUGGACAAUAUGACCGUUCGAGUGCCUGAGGCUGUGGCCGAUGCCAGAGAGUCCAUUGAUUUGGGCAAGAACUCCUCUAAACUAGAAUAAAUAGGAAUAUUUUCACAAAAUGUUACCUAUUUUUAUAAUUAUUAUUUCUUUAUGUAAUUAAAUGAAAACAUGGAUGAAUACAUUUAUUAUUAUG